AUCUUUUCAACCCCCGAUGUCAUUGACCGAACAAAGAUGGACGUCAGCAACCUUUCGAUGAUUUUUGCACCAAGUUUUCUGAGGUGCCCUACCGAUAGUCUAGAAACAAUAUUUAAGAAUUCCAAGUACGAACAAUUUGUUGUAAAAAAUUUGUUGACAAAUUUCAGACCGAGUUACAUUGACGACGACGUAGAGUUUGGAUUCGAUUUCGAAGAUUUAUGA